ACUUAUGCCUAUGUACGAAAUAUAGUUUCUAUGACUUUUAUCAUACGAGAUAUAAUUUCUAUGACUUUUAUUAUACGAAAUGUAUUUUCUAUGACUUUUAUCGUUUCUAUGACUUUUAUCAUACGAGAUAUAAUUUCUAUGACUCUUAUCAUACGAAAUGUAGUGCCUAUGACUUUUAUCAUACGAAAUGUAGUGCCUAUGACUUUUAUCACACGAAAUAUAGUUUCUAUGACUUUUAUCAUACGAAAUGUAUUUUCUAUGACUUUUAUCCAAUAUAGUUCUAUGACUUUUAUCAUACGAAAUGUAGUGCCUAUGACUUUUAUCACACGAAAUGUAUUUUCUAUGACUCUUAUCAUACGAAAUGUAGUUUUAAUGACUUUUAUCAUACGAAAUAUAGUUUGUAUGACGUUUAUCAUACGAAAUAUAGUGUCAUACAAAGUGAAAUUUCCUCGACCUGCAUUGACCAAGUGUCACCGAGGUAGAAAUUUGAAAGAUUCUGUAUUAUCAUCUGGUAAUAUCACGAACUAA